AAACUACAAUUCACAAGUCAAAAUUUCUGUUUCAGAAAGUUACAGUUUCUAAAAUGUUGUGGAUCAUCACAAAAAAGUAUCUUACACAAGGAGGAGCGCUGCUCGGACAGCAGGGAAGUUACAAGAUCUAACGAUUACUCCGAAAUAGAUGAGAAAGAGACAUUUGAUUCACCAGAACAAAUGGCCGCCAAUAGAACAAGUUCUAAUAAGGAAACGAGACAACGGUAUGAACAAUGCUCAGUGGGAAAACAAACGCACAAAUACUCUGAUCUUGAUGACAAAACUUCCGGUAAAAAUACCGAUAAAAAGACGACGAACCACAGUUAUGAGCCAUUUGCGCCCGGAAAUCUAACCAAGAAACAAGAGGACACAAUUGAAAAUCAUGACUAUUUCAUUCUUGAGCCAGGGUCAGACAAACGCUUGCCAGUUAAACCAUUAGAAUGCAAAACGGAAACCCUUGAGCGAGAUCCGGGUCACGUGUACUUUAUACUAGAGCCUGGAACCAAUAGAGUGAAACCAGUAUCACAGUAUUUUGCCGACAAUGAAGCCAGGGAUUCGAAUUACCAGGACUCCGGGCACAUAUAUUUCGUUCUGGAACCCAUGGCUGAGACAAAUGAAUCCGAAUCACUUGCUUACGCAGUGAAUGACGUUGCGACUAAUCCAUCCUACUUCAUUCUUGAAAAAACCGAACGUUACGCUUAAUAUAGAAAUGAUCCCCCAUCCAUCUCUUCCCAGGCAUUGAUCGACCAAUCAUGGAGGGAGCAUAUUGUUCUUAUCAUGUCGGUUUGAAUGUCUCUCCAUGGAUGAACUAUAAAAUUGAGAUUCAUACAUGGAUACAACAUACCACUGGGUGUGAGCAUCUUUUUUGGCAUACUUUAAUAUGACAUUAAUCCUUAAAUUACUGUGGCUGACAUACAAAGAAAACAAUGCUACUUUAAAAAAAUGUUUUGACUUGUCUUCUGGAAAAGGCCAUUCCUCCUAUGUCAAUACAACUUGUGAUCCAGCUCUUUUGCUUUUAAACAAUUCAAAGUAAUCAAACAUUUAUUUUAUUAUUACUAUGGCUGACAUCUGUUGGAUAUUUUAUUCUGUUUCUUUAUAUUGUAUUUUUGUCCAUCCAACAUGCCCCAUUAAAGCAAAAAAUACCAA